CGGAAAACAUGUGAGCGCACUGGAGCGGUCGGGAACACGUGUCAUCAUAGUGUUUUUUUUCUGCGGUAAAUUUAAACCAUUGUUGAGGUUUAAUUUUCGUUUACUCAUUCAUCUUAUAUAUACACACAAUAAGUGAGUGGUAAUACGUAUCUUUUGUUUUAGAAGCAACUCCCCUAUUUACUACCGUGUUACGCCAGUGAUUGAAAAUGCGAAAAAAAACGUAUUUAACGUAUCUACUCCAUUAUGAAGCUAAUAUAAAAUCCAUAGUCAUAUUUCUUCAAACGACUAAGAAAUUAAUUCUUCAGUACGAGUAAAAGAAAUACAGGUUUCACUUAAGUGAAGGGAUCACAAGCAGUGAGAGUCCUGGCUACGUUCGCACUGUUUCUCUUGAUUGAGCUUUGGACGCCGCUGUACAGAAAAUGAAGAGCUGCUUUUGUUGGAUUCUUACUCUGGGAAGCCUGAUGAGUGCAGAUGGCAGUCUCUCCGGCGCUGCGGGCGAGGAGGACCGAGGGCCAGUGUUUCUGCAUGAACCUCCAUCCCGACUCCACUUCUCCAACACAACUGGAGCCCUUUUACCUUGUUCUGCUCAUGGCAAUCCACCACCACAAGUGGAAUGGCUGAAUGGAGGUGAUGUAGUAACGGAGGUCGCCGAUGUGUGCAUCGUCCACAAAAAUGGAUCACUACAGUUUUUGCCUUUUCCGCCCUACGCAUAUACGGCUGGCGUUCACGCCGCCACCUACUCUUGUCGAGCUUCCUCAUCUGCUGGCACCAUCAUCUCUCGACCAGUUCACGUCAGGGCUGUGGUACGUCAAUACUAUGAAGUACAAGUAUAUGACGAGUAUGUGAUAAGUGGCAACACAGCCGUGAUGAAGUGCCAUGUUCCUUCCUUUGUUCGGGAUUACGUGAGCGUCACAUCUUGGAUCAGAGGAAACGGCGAGAGGAUAGUUUCAGAUGUACUAACAGGUGGACGAUAUUCUGUAUUCGCAACAGGGGAGCUUCACAUCCGUCAUGUCACCAAAGCCGACGAGUUCCAGUCUUAUCAUUGUGAAACUCAACGCUUUCUGACCGAUGAAACCACAGUCUCCGCUCUUGCCGGCAGGUUGAUGGUAAACGAACCUCGGUCUUCAGUGCCGCCAAGGAUCACAGAUUCUCGGUCAAGCAUCAGAGCGUCUGUUAGGGACACCGUGGAGCUACCCUGUGCUGCUCAGGGAUAUCCGAUUCCCCAGUAUAAAUGGCACCGUGUCAAUCGAAAAGAGGAGGUCCCUGUAGUGCAAGAUGGCCGGAUCAAGCAAGUAGGAGGAUCACUGCUCAUACGGCAAGUCACGGCUGGAGAUGCUGGAAGAUAUGUUUGUGUGGCAUCAAGCAGUGUUGGCUCAGAAAGAACACACACAACACUAGAGGUUUGGGCUCCACUGACUGCUCACAUAACCCCUCAAGUGCAGACUGUUGAUGUAGGGAGCAUUGCUACUUUCAACUGCUCACCAGAGGGAUUUCCCCAAGACAGCAUAUUAUGGUUUAAGGACGGCGAACGCUUAGAGGUGACCGGCCGUGUUCGGGUGGAAGGUCAACGCACCGUCGUAGUGGAGGACGUUCGUCGCGAGGAUCGAGGGAUGUACCAGUGCCUUGUAAAGAACUUCGAAGACACAGCUCAGGGGUCCGCUCAACUCAAACUCGGAGAUGCGUCGCCCCAGUGGAGGAGUACAAGCGGCCCAAAAGUUAUUUCGCCGGGAGCAACUGUGAUGUUAAUGUGUGCUGUACAGGGCUCUCCUCCGCCCGUAAUCACAUGGACGUUGCAAGGUCAACCUGUUCCUAAUAGCGAUCCCAGGAUCAAGCAUUCACAAAAGGUUGAAGGUGAUCAUGUCGAGGGUCAACUGAAUAUCACAAGCAUCCGAGUGGAAGAUGGAGGGGAUUGGACGUGUGAGGCGAGGAACAGGGCAGGCCGGGUAGAACAUGCAGGUCGAUUGGACGUUCGCGGCCCUCCCACUAUUCGACCAAUGAGACCCUUACGGGUAGUGGCAGGCAAAACUGCAAUGUUCAACUGUAUAGUGGCAGGAUAUCCUAUUGACUCUAUUUAUUGGGAGAAAAACGGUGUUGUGCUUCCUGUAUCAGAGCGACAAGAAGUUCACAGCAAUGGUACCUUAGAAAUUCGGCAAGUAUCACGUGAGGCCGACAGUGGACAGUACAUCUGUGUAGCCACAUCUGGUGAAAACACCGCUAGAGCAAACCUUCAAGUAAACGUCAUGGUACCGCCGCAAAUAGAUGAGAGGAUGUUUUCCCUUGGGUCUGGAUUCCCUGCCAAGUCGCGAGCACGCAUUAUGUGUGUUGUAGAACGAGGAGACUUGCCUUUGUCAUUCACCUGGACGCACGACGGCCGACCCAUAACGCCAGGACCAAGCACAUCUAUUCGAUCACUCGAUGAAGUUACAAGCGUCUUAUUAUUCACUUCACUUCGAGAAGAGGAUGGUGGCAAAUAUGCUUGCACAGCUACCAAUGCAGUUGCUUCGGAUUCUCGCACUGUAGAACUUGUUGUCAAGGUUGCUCCAACCUGGAAGGUAGAGCCAGAGGAUGCGUCAGUGGUUGUUGGGGAAGACCUGUUGCUGCCUUGUGCCGCCAACGGUUCUCCGACGCCUACGAUCACAUGGCGCAGAGCGGAAGGCGCUGUUCCAAGACAAUACCGUCCUGUGACUUCCCUAGGAGAUAAUGUCAGAGUGAGUUCUAACAGCAGCCUAAUGGUGCAGAACAUCAAAAGGAACCAGGGAGGAGAGUUUCUGUGCAGUGCUUCCAAUGAUGUAGGGUCAGAUCUUUCUAAAUCUAUACGAGUUACUGUAAGAGUGCCACCACAGUUUGAAGAACAUGAAGAGAAUGUCACUGUGUCAGCCGGGCGAAGAGCAAUACUGAAAUGUGAAGCUUACGGUGAUCUUCCAAUAGCUGUUACGUGGACAACUGGGAAUCCAGCAACAAGGAUUACAACACCAGGCUUAAAUGAGGGGCAUCUAAUGAUCAAGGAAACUGUUUUGAAUGGUUCAUUGGCAUCUUUUCCCACGGGAAGUUCUGUACGUACAGGAUCGCCAGUGUCAACCGAUCGCGAACAAGGUUUCCGAUCUGUUUUAAGUGUUUCUACAAAAUCUAGACACGAUUCAAAAGUCUUUUUUUGUCUUGCUACGAAUAUUUAUGGGAACGAUACAAAGACAAUCAGUCUCAUUGUUCAAGAGGUACCAGGGACACCGGGCCCACCUCGGAUUAUAGACAGUGGAUCGCGCACAGUCAACCUCACCUGGUCAGCUCCUUCUCACGAUGGCAAUUCUCCAAUCACGACUUAUCGUAUAAUGAUUAUCAACAGCACAGAUUCUUGGAUGAAUGUUGGCCGCAUGAAGACCGUAGAAGUAAGCAAGCCUAUCGCCCGCAUAGACGACCUCAUGCCCGCUCAGGCCUACUUAGUUCGAGUAGUGGGAAUCAACACUGUUGGCGCCUCCAAGCCAAGCCCGGAGGUGCGCAUCUCAACAGCCCACGAACCCCCGACAGCUACGCCGACCAGUGUCCGAAUCAUACCACUUUCUUCCACAAGUUUAAGGGUUACAUGGCAGCCUCCAGAUACUGUCAUGGCGCAGAGAGCGAGUCUUGGCUAUUACGUUGGCUAUAAAGUGGCCAAUUCCUCUGAGCCAUUCCGUUACCAGAAUCUAGAUCCUUCACCAACGAUCGUCUAUCGACCUGAGGUUACAUUGAAGUCCCUACAGAAAUUCACGAGUUACGAGGUUACUGUUCAAGCUUUUAACUCUGCUGGAGCCGGGCCACGAACAUCACCAAUCACAUCUACGACGGAAGAGGAUGUUCCUAGUGAAGCACCACGCGACGUCCACUGCAGCAGUUUGUCGUCGUCAUCUAUCCUUGUUCGCUGGACACCACCACCUCCUACUUCGCUGCAUGGCAUUCUUCAAGGCUACAAGCUAAUUUACCGGCCAGUUCACCGAAACAGAUUCUUCCAUCCUGAUGAUGUGAGUGAGAAAACUGUUGUGACUUUGUCAUCGUCACUGCUAGGCUUAGAUCGAUACACUAAUUAUAGUGUCAUGGUCGCAGCUUACACAAGAAGAGGAGAUGGUGUUCGAUCUGACCCGGUGCACUGCGUCACAGAGGAAGACGUUCCUGGGCCUGUUGAAUCUGUGAAAGCACUAGCUGUUGAUGGUCAGAGUGUUCUUGUGGCAUGGCGCCCUCCCAAAUCGCCCAACGGAGUUAUUACAAAAUACUCGGUGCAUCUUAUUCACCCGGAUCAACAGGAUGCCUCUAGACCACCGUGGGGCAGCAAUAAUGGAGGAAGUGGGUCAUGGUCCGUCCCAGGUUCACGCAGCCCUUCAGGUUCAUCAUGGGAAAGCAGAAGCUCUACUGACAAUGCUGACAACAUUGGCCGCUCGUGGGUGGUGUCAGGUUCCGAGCGCCAGUAUUUGGUGGCAGGACUUGUAAUAGCCAACGCCUACGGUUUCACUGUCCGCGCCUCGACAUCAGUCGGUGAAGGACCCACAGGCAGAAUGGUCAUUCAAAGGCCACGACAAGACGCCCCUGCUGCCAUUGCCUCAUUUUCUGAUAAAACAGCAGCUGUCUGGGGAGAGGAAAUGCGCCUUGCUUGCCGAGUUGUUGGAAAUCCCACGCCAACCCGAACCUGGACAUUCAAUGGGAAAGUGAUAUCCUCCAGUAAUCAAAGAAUGAAGGAAUACCCGGAUGGAAAUUUGCUUAUUACUGAUGUGAAGGCGCAAGACACUGGGAACUAUACCUGCACAGCCUCUAACAUCCACGGCUCUGAUGUCAUCACUUAUACACUCACUGUUCAAGUUCCUCCAUCGCCGCCACUUGCUUAUGUGUCAGAUGUCACUUCCACAACACUGACUGUUCGUUGGCGGACAACUAAUAAUGGUGGCGCUCUCAUCCUAGGAUACUAUCUUUACGAAAAACGUGAGUUUGGUGAAUGGCGCCGCAUAGAAGUACCUGCUGUAGCAGACUCCUACACAUUAACUGGACUUCAGUGCGGCACACGGUAUCAAGUCUAUGUCACUGCCUACAAUCAUGUGGGAGCAUCGCAACCGAGUGAUGCCAUUCCUACUAAAACAUUGGGUCGAGAGCCAAUAGUACCUACGCAAUCUUCCCUUCUACGUGUGAAUGUGACCUCGAUAAGUCUCAACUUGGCAGCAUGGCUGGACGGCGGGUGCCCCAUCACCUCAAUGGUGGUCGAAUAUAAGGAGCGAGGUAUGGCUUCCUGGACUCUUGUCUCCAAUCAUGUUCGAUGGGAUAACGAAACGGAAUAUGUGGUAUUAGACUUGAAUCCUGCUCACCGUUAUACCCUGAGAGUGACUGCACAUAAUUCGGCCGGAUCGUCAGUAGCUACGUAUCCUUUUACAACACUCACGCCACUUGGAGCAACUUUAUCUCCGGAAGUAAUUGUUCACGGCGCUGUGGGUACAGCCCCAUGGUAUCUGGAUUCCCAUAUCCUGAUGGCUGUCGUCGUUGCUUGCAUCCUAGUUGUCCUCGCUGCCUGUAUUGCAAUAGCUUAUACUUGCAGGCGUACUAGGACUCAUACUCAAACCUAUAAAGAGGUUAGUCAUGUCCACAAUGAUCUGACACCUGAUUCUGGUCUGACGUCGGAUACAAUGACCAGAGUUCACAGUCUAGAAAUCCUUGAGGCUUAUACUCCCUCAACACUGCCUUUGGGAGCUUAUGACGAGAUAUCCCCCUACGCGACCUUCAGGAUGCCUGGCAAUAAUAAAACGCCUCCGCCUCCACCUUUACCUUCGGUCAGUGAAUCUCAGCCCGUAGUGAGUGCUGUGGAGACGAACUACAGUCGAGUGAAAAGAAAAUGUCCCAUGCCCCCAGAAGGAGGCUUGCCGCCGACCCCUGGGAAUGCCUCAAGUGAUAUCACUUGCGAAAAGAACAAAAGCAAGAACGUUAGCAAGUGUCCUUCUAUAAAGGAAAAAGCAACCAACAAAGAAGCAAGUGGGUCAUCUGUGACGUCAGUAAGCAGUAAUCACGAAGAGUUAGUCCGAGCUUACCAUGCCCACGCUAACGAUUCUCCAACCACACCAGAGUCUGGCCGCCGAAACAAGUGUGGUAAGUGUGCAUUACCAUAUUAUUGAAUAAUUGUACUUAAAGUUUCGAUAAACCAUAAUUAGCACAAGUAAAGUUCACAAUUCUUUCUUAUUUUUAUGCAGUGUGUGAUAUGGUUUCGUUUCAUUGUCUACCCGAAAUAAUUGUAAGAUGAUAAUAAUGAUAGUAAAAGUAACAACCAUUAUAAUUAUAAAUAUAACGGAGGUGAUGGACAAUACUAAUAAAAGUAAUAAUAGUGGUGGUAAUGAUUAUGAUGAGGAUGAGGGAAGACGAGGAGAAGGAGGAGAGUGAUGAUAAUAAUAGUAUAAUAUAGCUAAUGUGUGUGUUUUAUUAAUAUGUAUACAUAUGUUACUAUUGCGGUUAAUAUUACUUAUACUAUCAUCUAUUAUAUUUACUUUUAAUACUACUUACUAUCUUAAGCGCCUCCUAUUGAUAAUA